UUGUAGGGUGAAGGAGAAACUGGGGAGUUGCUAAGCAACCACACGGGUGUGUCCAAAAUGACUUUUACUGGCAGUGUUCCAACAGGUAGCAAGAUCAUGGAGGCAUGUGCUAAGCAAAUCCAUCAUGUAACUUUAGAGCUUGGGGGGAAAUCUCCCUGUAUCAUCUUUGAGGACAGUGAUCUGGAUAGUGCAGUGACUGGUGCCAUGUUAGCCAACUUCCUCAACCAAGGACAGGUGUGCUCAAAUGGAACAAGGGUGUUUGUACAAGAAAGUGUCAUGAAACCCUUUUUGGAAAAGUUGGUGGAGCGAACCAAAGCAAUGAAAAUUGGUGAUCCAAAUGAUGAAGACACCACUGUCGGUGCUACAAUCAGUCCAGAACAGGCACACAAAACUCUACAGUACAUAGACAUUGGUAAAACAGAGGGAGCUCGCGUUCUGUAUGGAGGUGAACGUGUGACACCUAGCCCUAGUCUAGCUGGUGGCCACUAUAUCCAGCCCUGUAUACUAACUGGUUGCCAAGACAACAUGCGAGUGGUCAGGGAGGAGGUAUUUGGAAGCGUCAUGUCUGUACUCAGCUUUUCAAGUGAUGAAGAGGUCAUUACUCGUGCCAACGAUUCAGAAUUUGGACUGGCAGGAGGAAUCUUCACAAAUAACUUACAGAGGGCUCACCGAGUGGCAAGCAGUCUGGAAGCGGGCUCUCUCUAUAUCAAUAACUACAAUGUGUAUCCAGCCGGAGUUCCAUUCGGCGGGUACAAGAAGUCAGGCAUCGGACGCGAAAACGGACCAGAAGCGUUGGACUAUUACACACAGAUAAAAUCUGUUUAUGUAGAAAUGGGGUCAGUUGAAGCACCCUUUUGAAGGACUAUGUUAAUAAUGUGUAGCGUGUGACUAACAUUCUGACAGGUGAUAUCAAGGUUAUAUCCAAAGGAAAGCUACCUUAUCAAUCCAGAGCCAGGAUGUAUGUAGGAGGGAACCAACCCCAUGUAAUCUAGUCCUGGACUAGACAGUGACAGAUAUGUGAAAGGAGAAUUGUAAUUCAAAUGAGUACAAGACAUCUGAUAGAGAAAAAUUAAUUCAUGAAUAUUUUUUUUUAAUUUGAUAAAAUUGUUUGUGAAUUUAAAAUUAACUAUUUAACCAGAAAUAAGGAUACAUUAUUAAACAGGCAUUCCACAUCCCACAGGGGGAGGACCUAAUGUAUGAGACAUGGCUAAAGUAGACAGAACAUCCAGUUGUUAAAUUUUCAUUUUAUAAAUCGGUUUUAUUUUCUACAUUUUCAAAUGGAAAAUGAUAAGAAUGGUAAGGGAAUACAAAACAAAAUAGAUCAAUCACCUUAUGGUUUGGAGAAACUGAAAAUAAGACUAUAAAAUGUUGUAGAGAUUGACAGCAUGUUUGAUCUGUAGGGAAAGGAAUUUGGGUGAUCGGGUAAAAAGGGCACAGAGAAAAUUUCAACAAAGGUGUGAAAAUUAUUUAUGAAUAAUACAGGUUAACACUUCAUUGUGUUUCACAAACAGCAUUUAGAAAACAGGGUUAUACGUGUUCUGGUGAAUGAGUUUUGUCCACUUUGCCACUACAGGUGUUUGUGAACUCCUGAGAUAUGUAUCCAAGCUGCUCAAAUAUAUAGGUUGAUAGUAAAAAGUAACUUGAUAUGUAUGUUAAUGUCUUUGAGAAAAUAGUAAACAUUUAUACAUUCCAAACGGUUUUAAGAUGUUGUUGAGCAAAUGUUUGAACAAAUAGGAAUUUUUUCAUAUUUAUGUGUUUAUUGUCUUUAAGAAGUAACACGGAGGGAAUUGAAAUCCAAAACACUUUGAUAAUCUCUGACAUUACUUCUAAUUGACGGGGAUUAAAUCCCUGAACAACUGACAAUCACUCCUGUAAUAUCAGUUGGAUUUGGAUCGUCUCCCAGUCGGUUCCUGCUCGAUAAAAUGCUGAGCUGAACUUCCUUGGCUGAUGUCUCAGUUUACUGUUGUCUCAUAUACAUGUAGUAUUUAGCAUUGGAGUGUUGUUUGUUUACAUCAUGGUAAUGUUGUUUUGACUUCACUGUUUGAGGUUGUUUGUGUUCUAAUAUUGUAUGACUGCCAAGUGAUGUAUUUAUUUACAUGAAGCAAUUUGAUUGAUAUUGUGAGAUCAAGAAAUACAUUGAGAAAUAUUUUAUUUUUAAAUACAUGUAUUGCCAUCAUUAACAAAUAAAUUUUUUUGUAAAUAA